AUGGCGGCGGCGGCGGGCGGCGGGAACCUCCCCAUGCGGCUGCUGCGCAGGAAGCUCCAGAAGCACAGCCUCAAGCUUCGUCGGCGCAAUUUGGCUUUGCAGGCGGCCGCCGGCCAAACAGGAACGGUAGCUGUAAACAUCUCAGAAGAUGCUUCCCCCAUCCCAAAACCUGCAGCAGAGGAACAUAAAACAGAGGAUGUGGAACAGGCUGAUGUAGUACUCCAUGGUGAAGAACCAGGAGACACAAAGCCUCCUGGAUUGAAGAAGAAGAAAAAGAAAAGGAAAAUUGUGAAUAAUACAGAAAACGAAACUAAAAAAACAAAAAUGGAGGCGGGUGCUGAAGAAGAAGACUUCAAUGGAGAGUCCAAAGAAGAAAACCUGGGAAGUCCAGAUGAGAAGGAAGUGGCUGAGGAUGCUGAUGGGCCUGCUUUACCUUUAGGGCUAACAGGUGCUUUUGAGGAUACGUCAUUUGCUUCUCUAGCUGGGCUCGUCAGUGAGAACACUUUGAAAGGAAUAGCUGACAUGGCCUUCACGCACAUGACAGAAAUUCAGCAUAAGAGUAUUAAACCGCUUUUGGAGGGCAGAGAUAUUCUGGCAGCUGCAAAAACUGGCAGCGGGAAAACCCUGGCAUUUCUUAUUCCAGCAAUAGAACUUAUCUACAAGUUGAAAUUCAUGCCUAGAAACGGAACGGGAGUCCUCAUCCUUUCACCUACCCGUGAGCUUGCCAUGCAAACCUAUGGCGUUCUUAAAGAACUGUUGACUUACCAUGUUCACACCUUCGGCUUGGUAAUGGGAGGCAGUAAUAGAUCUGCGGAAGCACAGAAACUUGCAAAUGGCAUAAACAUCAUUGUGGCCACACCAGGCAGACUUCUAGACCACAUGCAGAAUACCCCAGGAUUUAUGUAUAAGAACUUGCAGUGUCUGAUCAUCGAUGAGGCUGAUAGAAUUUUAGAGGUUGGGUUUGAGGAAGAAAUGAAGCAGAUCAUAAAACUUCUGCCAAAACGUAGGCAGACCAUGCUGUUCUCUGCCACACAAACCCGGAAGGUUGAAGACCUGGCAAAGAUUUCUCUUAAGAAGGAGCCGUUGUACGUUGGAGUUGAUGAUAAUAAAGAGGUGGCCACUGUAGAUGGUCUUGAGCAGGGUUACGUGAUGUGUCCAUCAGAAAAGAGGUUUCUCCUGCUCUUCACAUUCCUCAAGAAGAAUCGGAAAAAGAAGCUGAUGGUUUUCUUUUCUUCAUGUAUGUCUGUGAAGUACCACUAUGAACUUCUGAACUAUAUUGACCUGCCAGUCCUGGCCAUUCAUGGCAAGCAGAAACAAACCAAGCGCACAACCACUUUUUUCCAGUUCUGCAAUGCGGACUCUGGUAUCCUGUUGUGCACGGAUGUAGCAGCCCGUGGGCUAGAUAUUCCUGAGGUUGACUGGAUAGUUCAGUAUGACCCACCAGAUGAUCCAAAGGAAUACAUUCAUCGUGUCGGUAGAACUGCCCGUGGGAUCAACGGGAGAGGACACGCUCUGCUUAUUUUAAGGCCUGAAGAGCUGGGUUUCCUGCGUUACCUAAAGCAAGCCAGGGUACCAUUAAAUGAAUUUGAAUUUUCCUGGACCAAAAUUUCAGACAUCCAGUCUCAGCUGGAGAAAUUGAUAGAGAAAAACUAUUUCCUUCACAAGUCUGCCCAAGAAGCAUACAAAGCCUAUAUUAGAGCAUACGAUUCUCAUUCACUGAAGCAGAUCUACAGUGUCAAUAACUUGGAUCUUAACAAGGUUGCCCUGUCUUUUGGCUUCAAGGUCCCACCGUUUGUAGAUCUCAAUGUCAACAGCAGCCAUGGGAGGAGACUGCAGAAAAGAGGUGGCGGUGGAGGGUUUGGCUAUCAGAAGUCAAAGAAUGUCCAGAAAUGCAGAAUCUUCAAGCAGAUUAACAAGAAAAAAACAGACAACAGACAAUUUUGUCGCUGAUGUGCAUACUUAGUACUCUUUGAAAUGGC